AUGGCGGCCAAGAAAGCGACGCAAGAUCGAAAGCGUCGUGCUUGCGGAGAGUUGCGGGCGUUGGCCCAAGAGGUCGGUGUGGAAACUCCAACAAAGUUCGCGGACGUCGGCAAAGCUGCUUUCGACCAGGUUGCCACACAGGUUCGUGCCCUUGCCUCACCAGAGCAAUGCUCCCAGCUGGACACAAUCACGAACCGGUAUGCUGGCAUCGAGGUUCCGCCGCAGCCUGACUUUGAGCAAGCGGAUGCGCAACCGCCAGCUGCGGCAGCGGCACCCGCGUUCCGUUUGAGAUCGACAGGUUGCCUUUUCACGUGGAAUGAUUUGUCUUUGAACCCGAUGAUCUUUGAAGAGUUCGUGGCUUGGAUUCACACCUUGGAGUUCAUCUACCGGUUUAGUGCCACUGUGGAGAGGUCGAUGCACUCCGAUGAAUUACGCUACCACUUCCAUGCUUUUUUCGAGUUCCAGCGCCGUGUUGACUGGACGUCUUUGCGGAGUGUGGAGUUCCAUUCCAUCAGGCCGCAUGCGCGUCCAACGUGUGCCAGAGGGCCGAAGCUGCGCGAUGCGUUGGAUCACGGGCAUUUUUAUGUCUACUGCGACAAGAUUGGGAAUUAUCUUCCGUGGCGUGAUUACGCAGUUCGUGGAUUCUGGAUAGAUGUGCUUUGGUCCGAGCACAAGCUGAGCCACACAACAUAUCUGCUGUAUGCGUGCAAAGUUCGUGUUGGUUUCAUGGGCCGCCAGAAGCAAGUCGAAGCUGUGCAGCGGUUUGAACAAGCGGAAUGGUUUCUGCAGAAGCAGACAGCGGUGGCGAGCCAACUUUCUGCCCUAAGACGACCCUUCAAGCCUGAGAUUCUCGACCUCGUGCGUCCCUGGGCCGGGCAGUAUGGCGAAGAUCAGAUGAGGUACCAGUUUCUCGUCAUCCGCGGGGGGUCUUGCUCUGGAAAAUCAACUUUGGCAAAGGCUCUGGGAGAGAUUUUCAGCUUUGGUCAAGUCUUCACACAAACUGUCCAAGAUGCCCCAGCGCCAGAUCUGGCGAAGUAUGAUGCCCAGAAGCAUGGUUACUUGCUGUUCGACAAUGUCAACAGUCAUACUUUCGUUUUAGACUCCCGAGCACUGUUUCAAGCAAACAGUGACGUCCACACGCUGGGAGUGAGCCGUACCUUCAUGUACAGUUAUUCCGUCUGGCUCUGGAAGGUGCCCAUAGUGGUAACUGUCGAUGAUUCCGCAGAGUGGGACAGCACAGAACCCUGGACUGCAGACAAUGCGAUUGAGGUUUUGCUUCCAGGUCCCUGCUACACGUAG